AUGAGCCACCUGGGAAGCCCGGUGAAAGCCUACGAUUUCCUGCUGAAAUUCCUGCUGGUGGGGGACAGCGACGUGGGCAAGGGGGAGAUCCUGGCCAGCCUGCAGGACGGAGCCAGCGAGUCGCCCUACGGGCACAGCCUGGGUAUAGAUUAUAAGACUACAACGAUUCUUCUGGAUGGCCGACGAAUCAAGCUGCAGCUCUGGGAUACAUCAGGGCAAGGGAGAUUCUGCACCAUAUUUCGGUCUUAUUCAAGAGGUGCUCAGGGAGUAAUACUAGUGUAUGAUAUUACAAAUCGUUGGUCAUUUGAUGGAAUCGAUCGAUGGAUAAAAGAAAUAGAUGAGCAUGCUCCUGGUGUACCAAAAAUCCUGGUUGGAAAUCGCCUUCACUUAGCCUUCAAGCGCCAAGUGUCUACUGAACAAGCACAAGCCUAUGCUGAGAGGCUGGGCAUGACUUUUUUUGAAGUCAGUCCACUUUGUAAUUUCAAUAUUACAGAGUCCUUUACUGAGCUAGCAAGAAUAGUAUUGAUGAGACACGGAAUGGACAGGCUCUGGAGGCCAAACAAGGUACUGAGUCUGCAAGACCUUUGUUGCCGUGCCAUAGUUUCCUGUACCCCUGUGCAUCUUGUUGACAAGCUCCCUCUCCCUGUUGCCUUAAGAAGCCAUCUCAAAUCUUUCUCCAUGGCAAAUGGCCUUAAUGCCAGGAUGAUGCAUGGACGCUCGUACUCCCUCACAUCCAGCAACAUCAGUAAAAGGAACAGCUUAAAGAAAGCUAAAAUUAUCCGUCCACCACAGAGCCCACCAAAAAACUGCACAAGAAACAGCUGUAAAAUUUCUUAAGCUCUCGGUGGGAAAAGGAACCUGGAUGGAAUCCCCUCAUGUGAAGUGUUGAACGCGAGGACUCCUUGUUUAAUGAUUGAGCACACUCUAUGUAACGUAUCCCACUACACAGACAAAAAUAAGAAAAAUAGAUCUUAUUUUAGAGCUUGCUCACUACAGUAAUGCUGCUUUGGAAUGAAUGACAUGUUCAGUGCAACUGAAAGGAUGUGACAUUUUGCUGUUGGAUUUUCAUACUGCAUUUUGGUUUCUGAUGUGCAUGAUGCCGUUGUUUUUACUAGUAAAUGUGUUUUCAUAUGGGGAUAAUUAUCAUUAUAUUCAGUUCUUAAUUCCAUGGAAUCUAGAAAGUGACUUACUGUGUAAUUGUAUAAAAUCCUGCCUUUUUGCAAACUAGUCAAAAAUAUAAAAAUGAGUCAUCGGUUUGCAUAUUCAGGCAGAGGUUUUUAAAUGCAAUGUAUUGUAUACAUUGUUAAAUUCUACAAAUGGUGUGACGAAUUCUAGUAACACUGCAAUUGUGCAUUUGGAUUUUUUGUAAGGCUUCCUUGAUAACUUUGAAGCACUAACUUAACUAAGCUAAAAAUGUAUAUAUAAUUAUUACGCACAUACACAACAAGGUUUUGUCCCAUUAGUGUAUGUAAUAGAUUUGAUAAAGU